AUGCAUCUGGUACCUAAAGAGAUCGACAAGCUAGUCAUCUCUCAGCUGGGAGCACUUGCACAGAGACGUUUGGCGAGAGGCGUCAAGUUGAAUCACUCAGAGGCUGUGGCUCUCAUUGCUAAUAACCUCCAUGAACUCAUCAGAGAUGGAAACCAUACCGUAUCUGACUUGAUGGCGCUGGGCGCGACGAUGCUAGGACGUCGUCAUGUUAUGCCCUCAGUUUGCGCCACCCUCCAUGAGAUUCAAGUCGAGGGCACCUUUCCAUCUGGAACGUACCUUGUCACAGUCCAUAACCCCAUCAGCUCAGAUGAUGGAGACUUGCGAAGGGCUCUUUACGGAAGCUUUCUUCCCGUUCCAGAUAACAGCAUCUUCCCCAUGGCAGCUGCUAAAGAGUACCAACUCGACAAACAACCUGGUGCGGUUGUGCCCGUCAAGACCAAAAAGAUUACUCUCAACGAGGGAAGAAAGAGAAUUCGUCUUCAAGUAACGAGUAUGGGAGAUAGACCUAUCCAGGUUGGAUCGCAUUAUCACUUUAUCGAGACUAACCCGCAGCUUGAGUUUGACCGUAUCCGCUCAUAUGGAUACCGUCUUGAUAUCCCAGCUGGAACGUCAGUGCGAUUCGAACCUGGUGACACCAAGACUGUUACUCUGGUUGAAAUUGGCGGCAAACGUGUGAUUCAUGGUGGUAACAACCUUGCAUCGGGCGUUGUCGACCUCUCGCGCGCUGAUGAGAUUCUUGCUCGAUUACAAAAAGCUGGAUAUGCUCACAAAUCGCACCCCGCAGGGGACAUGGCCCAUAUCGACCCCUUCCAGAUGGAUCACGCCUCGUACGCGACUAUGUUUGGCCCUACAACUGGCGAUCUUGUUAGACUUGGCAGCACAGAUCUCUGGAUCAAAGUGGAACGCGACGAGACCAUCUACGGCGAUGAGUGCAAGUUUGGUGGCGGAAAGACGCUACGCGAGGGAAUGGGUCAGGCGAGUGGACGAACAGACGCCGAGACUCUCGAUCUCGUAGUUUCAAACGCCCUCAUUGUUGACUGGACUGGUAUCUAUAAGGCAGAUAUUGGAAUCAAGGAAGGUAUGAUCGUGGCUAUCGGAAAGGCAGGAAACCCAGAUGUUAUGGAUGGCGUAACAGAAGGAAUGGUCGUCGGUAGCUGUACCGAUGUCGUUGCAGGCGAGGGGAAGAUUGUCACCGCUGGUGCAAUUGACUCUCAUAUUCACUUUAUCUGUCCACAGCAAGUACCCGAAGCACUUGCGUCUGGUGUAACCACCAUGCUUGGCGGAGGUACAGGUCCAAGUGCGGGAACAAACGCAACGACUUGUACUCCUGGCGUUCACUACAUGCGUUCAAUGCUCCAAGCAUGCGAUCAACUCCCUAUCAACAUUGGCAUCACAAGCAAAGGUAAUGAUAGCUCUCCCGAGGGUCUUCGUGAUCAGGUCAAUGCUGGCGCAUGUGGUCUCAAGUUGCACGAGGAUUGGGGCAGUACACCGGCGGCUAUAGACGCCUGUCUCAGUGUUUGCGAUGAGUUUGAUAUCCAGUGCCUUAUUCAUACAGACACGCUCAAUGAGGCUGGCUUUGUCGAGUCUACUAUCGCUGCGAUGAAAGGACGCACUAUCCACACAUAUCAUACCGAAGGUGCGGGGGGUGGCCACGCGCCAGAUAUCAUCUCUGUAGUAGAGCAUGAGAACGUGCUCCCAUCGUCCACCAACCCCACGAGACCGUUUACACUCAACACUCUGGACGAACAUCUCGAUAUGCUUAUGGUUUGCCAUCACUUGUCCAAGAACAUCCCCGAAGAUGUUGCCUUUGCUGAGAGUCGCAUCCGCGCUGAGACUAUCGCUGCCGAAGAUGUUUUGCACGACAAGGGCGCUAUCAGCAUGAUGAGUUCCGACUCGCAGGCAAUGGGGCGUUGUGGCGAGGUUAUUCUGAGAACGUGGAACACGGCACACAAGAACAAGGUUCAGAGAGGCUGGUUGCCUGAAGACGAGGGCACGGGAGCUGACAAUGCGCGUGUCAAGCGCUACGUGAGCAAGUACACUAUUAACCCAGCCAUUGCCCAGGGCUUUGGACAUGUUAUAGGAAGUAUCGAAGUUGGAAAAUUUGCGGAUCUAGUUCUGUGGGAUCCUGCAUGGUUUGGCACGAAGCCUAGCUAUGUCCUCAAGGGCGGGCAUAUCGCAUAUGCGCAGAUGGGUGAUCCUAACGCCUCUAUUCCAACGGUCCAACCCAUUAUUGCUCGGCCCAUGUUCUCGCCCCACUGCGCUUCUACAAGCAUUCUCUUCGUCUCAUCCGCAUCUAUCGAAACGGGUGCCAUUGCCUCCUAUGGCCUACGCAGUCGUGUCGAGGCUGUUCGCGGAUGUCGUUCUAUUGGCAAGAGUGAUAUGAAACAUAAUGAUACUAAGCCUCGGAUGCGUGUUGAUCCUGAAAGUUACACUGUCGAAGCUGAUGGGGAGAUUUGUGAGGCAGCGCCUGCAGACACCCUGCCACUUACACAACAGUUCUAUGUUUACUAG